UAUUUAAUCCCUUUGGAUUAAUGAAAGAAACCCAUCAGUCCAAAACUAAAACCCUAGUAUUGUAACCAAAAAGAAAAGUUGUUAGAAGAAUAUGGGAUCAUCUUUUGAGUAUUUGGCAACCCUAUUUGGUUUUCUCUUAGUUAUGUUUCCUUUGUCGAUUUUGUUCUUUCAAUGGUGGAUCACACCAUGGAUGUUCUGCAAAAAACUUAGAGCUAACGGGUUUUCAGGGCCGAAUCCUAAUUUCCCUUUAGGAAAUUUAAAUCAAAUCAAAUAUCAAAAUCCAGACACGGACAUUUCCAAGCCAUCAUCGGUUCUUACCGGAAUAUCGAAUGAUACACACUCCACUUUGUUCCCUUAUUUUGCCUCAUGGCAAAAAUCCCAUGGGAAAGUAUUCGUCUUUUGGGCGGGAACGGCGCCGUUCCUAUACGUCGCGGAUCCCGAAUUCCUCAAACAAAUGUCCGGAGACAUCAAAGGGAAGGAUUGGGGAAAAGCCGACGUUUUCAAGCGCGAUCGAACGGCGAUUUUCGCAAAAAGCCUUGUCGCCAACGAGGGCGACGAAUGGGCUCGCCGCAAGCACUUCAUCACUCCGGCAUUCGCAACGUCGUCUUUGAAGGCUACGGCGGCGUUGGGGGUGGAGGCGGCAAAAAACAUGGUCGACCAGUGGUCGGCGCUUAUAAACUCCGGCGACCGCGAAAUCGACGUCGAGGCCGAGAUCAUCCCCAUGCUCGGCGGAGUUGCGGCGAAGAUGAGCUGCGGCAUGAGCGUCGAGAACGGAAAACGGGUGUUGUCGAAACUCCGGGCUCUACAAUGGGUCCUCUUCGAGGAUCUCGGCCAUGUAGGCGUGCCGUAUGGGAAGCUCUUGAGUCCGAUUCGGACAAUGCGGGCGAGAAAAUUGGGGAAGGAAAUUGACGAAAUUUUAUACUCGGUGAUUAAGGAGAGAGUUUCGGGACGGGGGAACGGCGGCGGCGUCGACUUUCUCGAAUCGAUGAUGGCGGCGGACGGAGGCAGAAUAAGGCCGUUGGCGGCGGAGGAAAUGGUCGACGAAUGUAAGGCGAUGUUCUUCGCGGCGUUCGAGACGACGGGGCUGGCGCUGUCGUGGAGCUUGCUGCAGCUGGCGGCUCAUCCAAAAUGGCAAAUUGAGCUAAGGGAGGAGAUUAGAGAAGUCGUUGAAGAUCGGGAGAUUGGUGACGUUUCAAUCUUACAUGGACUUAAGAAGAUGGGAUGGGUGAUGAACGAAGUUAUCCGAUUGUACGGUUCGGUUCCGAACAUACAAAGGCAAGCGCGGCACGACAUUCAAGUCGGCGACAAGGUGAUCCCGAGAGGCACCAACAUAUGGAUAGACAUCGUGUCGAUGCACCACGACCGCACCCUUUGGGGCGAAGACGCGAACGAGUUCAAGCCAGAGAGGUUCGAGAAUGACAUAUACGGAGGGUGUAACCACAAGAUGGGGUAUUUACCGUUCGGAUUUGGAGGUAGACUGUGUGUUGGUAAAAAUUUAACGACUCUUCAAUAUAGAGCUGUGCUCGCCACAAUAUUGUCCAAGUUCUCGGUUUCCCUUUCGCCUAGAUAUUGUCAUUCUCCUACUAUAAUUCUCGCACUUAGACCCAAAUAUGGAAUCCCUCUCAUCUUACAAAAUCUCUAAAACUUGCUCAUAGCAAUGCUUGUAUUUGUGUAUUAUAUUGUAAGAAUAAUCUCGUUGUUUCUAUGUAGAAAAAAAUUUUUGCAAAAAUAAUCUA